CUCUUUCUCUGUAUCUAUUUCUCUAUCACUUUCUCUCUUUCUCUCUCUGUCUCUGUCUCACUCUCUCUCUCUUCCCCCGAGCCCUCUAUCUUUCUCUGCAACUUUGAGUGGUUUGCUCAUAAAGUAACAAGUUACCCGGAAUCUGUGAAACACCAUGACCAUGAACCACACAACCAGCAGCAGCUAGGAAACACACACUCUGAAACUUCCACCAUCAGACUGAUCAACACAGUGACAGACCCCAAACACACCCACGCCUCAUUGUCUAACGCUCAGUCUGAGUGAAGGGUUAUUUCAGAGAGCAACUAUAGAAUGUGACUUCCUUUUCAACUAACAUACAGGAAUUAUUUUAUAGAACAGCAGCCCUCAUCAAAAGGAAGUCUCUGCUCUUUCUCUACUCUACUAUUCCUUCUCGGUGUGUAUCGGUUAGUCAACUGCUAGCUAGCUACCAGUGACAGUGCUAGAUAAGGACAUCAGCCAGAGGAAACAGUCAAAGCCUUACAGAGAUGUCUGGUGGUCCCUUCUCCUGCUUCUCCAAACAGGGAAUACUACUUCUCCUAUUCUCCAACCUCCACUAUGGUUUAGGUGUUCAUCUGAUCAUCAACAAGAGAGUGGGGGACUCCGUGGAGCUGCUGGCAGGCUUAGAGAGAGGACAUUUCAAAUCAUUGGAGUGGAAGUAUAUGGGAAAGGAUAUUAUAGAAUUCAACUCAGAAGUUGUAUAUUCACCUGGAUCCCAGUUUGAGGGGAGACUAAAGAUGAACACCAAAAACAUCAGUUUAACAGUCAGAGAACUGACACUGCAAGACUCAGGGGAUUUUAUACUUACAGGUGAAGGGGACAAAGGUCAGAUUGGCAGUAAGACCAUCACUCUGAAGGUCCACGAGCCUAUAUCCAAGGUGGCGAUCCAGACAGACAUCAAGCGAUUGGCCAACCACUCCUGUACGGUACGGCUGGUGUGCAACGUGUCCUGCUACUCCAACAUUACCUACACCUGGGAGAGAGACAAUGAGAUCUACGGGGACGCCCAGCAGAUUUACUUCUCUCUCUCACCAGCAGAGAGAGACAUCAGUGUAAAGUGCAACGCCUCCAACCUAGUCAGUUGGAAAACUGCCUCUACGACAGUAAAGUGUAGUAAUGACACAACCGCCCCAGGACUGGUGUGGUUUACCAUCUACAUCGGAGUAUCAGUAGGAGGCGCUGUGGUGCUGAUCCUCACUGUAGCAGUGGCAGUGUGCUACUGCAGGGGCCGAAGUAACACAGCAGAUCUAACUGACAACACAAUAUAUGCUGAUGUUAUGAUCAAAACAAGAAGUAGAGAUACAAGAUCAAACAGUCAUGUAAACCCAAUAUCCAUCUAUGAAACUGUCAAUGAUUUGGUUAUCCCAAGAUUGAACAAGCCGCAGACUCUGUAUGCCAAGAUCGCAGUUGGACGCCCAGAAGGUCCCUCCUCUCCCUACCAGAAAGUACUGUGAGCUGAACAGGAUGUGUUCAUAGGCUGGGCCUUCCAUAGAUAUGGAACCCUCUGCAUGCUCUGCAUCUUACACGUGUUUAUUCUGAAGAUAGGCCUAGAUGUAACUGUCUAUUUGCUUACUUUUACUUCCUUCUCCCUUUGAUGAUUCUCAUAUAUACAGUAUGUCAUAAGGCCUUAGGCCUUUCUUUGAAGGCCUAGUUACAAUUAGAAGAUUCUGAAAUCUGUUAUAGGCAGUAGUAGGUGUUGUGAUCAGACAAGCUCAUAUGUCGAAUUUCUAUUUUCUAGAUUAAAGAAAAUAUAUGUAGAUAAUAGCAUGACAUUGAUUAGUGAGGUGGAUUUAUGCCUGUGAAUAGAAAGUGUACUCUGUUGCAUUAGGAUUAUGUGCUCGACAGGCAUUGAUGAGGUUGAAAUCAGAGAGUAUAUGCUGGAGAUUCUUUGUUACAUGUGGAUUGUAGUUGUUUUAAAAAAUGUUGUCCGCAUGUCCAAAAUGGCAUUCAUGUCUGUCCCUAUGAUCAGAUGGAAUUCAAUUAAUUCCCAAAAAUAUGCCGUUCACAGAACAUUUUUUUUUAUACCUUUUUGAAUACGCUGAGUGCCUUGCAUUUAGAGUGAAUUGUAAUUAACUCUCACAACUGUAUUCGUUAGCGACAGAGACAUGAUUGUUGUAUUGAAUGGUUUUCAGUACUGUAGCCUUCACCUAGUGAAUGUCUAAGUGAAUAUGUUAUCUUUAAAAUUAACUCAUUAUGACAACACAUUACAUAUAUCAUAAAGCCCCUGAGGGCCUAGUUAUACCCUAACACAAUGGUCUUUAACUCCUGGUAUACAGGCCACAUGAAGCCUACAAGUCACAUUAUGUUGGCUUGCAAAGUGAUGUUUAAUUCCUAUUGGAAUCCAGCCAGAGUUAGGACAUCUAACAAUUGGAACUUUUAAUCACACGCAACCUGCAUUCAUCAGAAUGACUGUUGGGGUAGGGAAGAUUGAUUACUGAUUAUUGAUUACUGCCUAAAUCAUAUAAACUGGAACAGCCAUAACAGUAAUGUGUGAAAUAAGUCGAACUACUAACAGAUUGGAUUAGUUUGAUUGGUUGAUUCAUCUUAUGCUACACAAACAUAGAUAACCUUUUCAUGUGUGAGUUCCAAACAUCUCUAACGGUCUUCCCAAUGUGAGUUUAUUUAUGCACGUGAUGUUUGAACGUUCUCUCCAUUCCAGAAUGUGAUUGUUAUGCAACAGUAUAUUUAAUCCGCGCUGCCCUCAAACCUAGCACGCAGCCUGUUCUUAUUUAUAGGCUGUUUUCAACUUGUCAAUUUCAAAUGAUUUUCUAACAAGUUUUUAAUUUUCUAAGAACAGUUUGAAUUGAGGUGUGUUCCGCCUCACAUAAAAGUAGUCAUUUAUACUUAUCCGGGCCCAAUUGUUUUGGGACAUUUCUGAUCCGGACAAAAUUCCCCAAGAACUUCCCAAUUGUUUGUGCAGUUCAAGUCUGCAGACAUUUGCGCAUCUCCCGUCCUGCACACACAUGUUCCACAUGUCCCGUCUGUUGCCUGCAUCGCAGUCAUUGGUGUUUUCGUUACCAAUAAAAACUUUGUAAAUGUG